ACUUAGCGCUGAGAGCCGAGAGCAAUAGCCGCUGGCACUGGGGCCUGGGCUCUUAAGUGCUUGGAGACAGGUUGCCAAGGUCGGGUUGUGGAAGCCACUAACUCGCCCCUCCGGGUUUAAUGCUCUGAGCUGGGGCGCAGAGGAGCUUAGAGUAGACCGGACGCUGCAGCCGCGGAGCUGCACCAGGGACGACGAAGGCGGAGCCGGCUUUUCCGUCGGCUGACUCAGGCCGGCGCGGCGCGCCUUUAAGGCGUCCGGCUGAGCCGGGCGCGGGGAACCGAGCGACGCGGGCACGAGCGCAGCUGCCGGACGCGAGCGCGGCUGGGGGACGAGGACUGGCCUCUGGAUCCCGCGGCACUUUCCGGGCGCCUGAGGUCAGGUCAGAAUCUCAUUUUCAGCUUCUGCCAGGGCCAGGAGCAGUUGGGAAAGAAGGCUGUGUUCUUUGAAGACCCUGCAGGUGUCUGCCAGCCUUAAAGAGCAGGAUGGAUCUUGAUGUGGUCAACAUGUUUGUGAUCGCAGGUGGGACGCUGGCCCUCCCCAUCCUGGCAUUUGUAGCCUCAUUUCUCCUUUGGCCGUCAGCGCUGAUAAAGAUCUAUUACUGGUACUGGCGGAGAACGUUGGGCAUGCAGGUCUGCUAUGUUUACCAUGAAGAUUAUCAGUUCUGUUAUUCCUUCCGGGGCAGGCCGGGGCACAAACCUUCCAUCCUCAUGCUCCAUGGAUUCUCUGCACAUAAGGAUAUGUGGCUCAGUGUGGUCAAGUUCCUUCCAAAGAACCUGCACUUGGUCUGCGUGGACAUGCCGGGACAUGAGGGUACCACCCGGUCCUCCCUGGAUGACCUGUCCAUAGAUGGUCAAGUAAAGAGGAUACACCAGUUUGUAGAAUGCCUCAAGCUGAACAAAAAACCCUUCCACCUCAUAGGUACCUCCAUGGGUGGCCAUGUGGCUGGGGUAUAUGCUGCUUACUACCCUUCAGAUGUCUGCAGUCUAAGUCUUGUAUGCCCUGCUGGCCUGCAGUACUCAACUGAUAAUCAAUUUAUACAGCGGCUCAAAGAACUGCAGGACUCGGCCGCCAUAGAGAAGAUCCCCUUGAUCCCAUCCACUCCAGAAGAGAUGAGUGAAAUGCUCCAGCUCUGCUCCUAUGUCCGCUUCAAGGUGCCCCAGCAGAUCCUGCAAGGCCUUGUUGAUGUCCGAAUCCCUCAUAACAACUUCUACCGAAAGCUGUUUUUGGAAAUCGUCAGUGAGAAGUCAAGAUACUCCCUCCAUCAGAACAUGGACAAGAUCAAGGUCCCAACGCAGAUCAUUUGGGGAAAACAAGACCAGGUGCUCGACGUGUCUGGGGCAGACAUGCUGGCCAAGUCGAUUGCCAACUGCCAGGUGGAACUUCUGGAAAACUGUGGGCACUCAGUGGUGAUGGAGAGGCCCCGGAAGACAGCCAAGCUCAUUGUCGACUUCUUAGCUUCUGUGCACAACACAAGCAACAACAAGAAGCUGGACUGAGGCCCCACGACCGCAGCCUGCAUUUGGCACUGAGCAUCUGCCCCCAUCUCCAAAAUCUGACGCGGCCACCACUUCUCAGGGAUCCUGCCCCAAACGCGGUCAGAGAGCCAGCAUCCCUGAGGAAGCCAGUCCCCUAUCCCCAGUCUCAACAGAUCCACAGAGCUUCGGGAGCCACGAGCAGAUCUCCAAGAUAUUUUUCACAAUGUAGAAACUCACAUGGAACAAAAUUAAGAAAACCCAGCCAUGAAAUCUACCCAGAAGUCUUCAAGUUCAUGUUGCAAAGCCGCUGCCUUGGACCCUAAUCACCGAGACCGUUUUCUUUCAAAACAUCCCUCACAGACUGAGACUUGAGGUUUUUCUGUUGCUUCAACAUCCUCCCCUGCAUGGUCAGUGGCUGUUUUAGGAGCAUUAGUCUCCAUUUGCUGAGCUCCUCUUGUCUAUGUCUAGUUUAAGUUUUAUGUUAGAGACCCCUAUAUGAAUGCAGUUUGUCAGCUGCAAGAUCAGGGAGGGAAACAGCAAGCUAUGAAAAAUAUUAACAUGCGAGGAGGGGUGUGUUUCCACUGCUGCCAGCCCUCCCACCUGCCAGAGCAGUGGGGAACACAGGUGGGUGGUUUGAUGGGCCCCCACAUAUCAGCUCCAUCACGAGGGAGCCUAGAACAGUCACAGUGUGAAGAGCACCCGGCAGGGUGGGUUUCCUGGGAAUAACUUAUUAUUUUUAAAAAUAGGACUAAUAAAGCAAUAAUGUUCUAGACAUCUGUAUCUAAAUAAUCACACAAAAGCACCUCGUGGGCCUCGUGUCUAUCUUGCUGUGCUACUGAAGACCCUUGGGUGUAAAAUACUAGUUUGUUAAUGAAUUCUGUGAAUUCUGUGAACAGUAAUGUGAUUGAAAAUAAGUCUAAACAGCUGUAAAAGUGAUCACAAUGACAUGACAUAAAUUUAAUAAAUCUAGAUCAGCAACAUGCA